CCGCUCCGCUGCCCCAGUGACCGAUUCUGGAGCGCGUCUUGUCUGGCCGCCUUCCCGGGCCGCCCCUCCGUCCCCCAUGGCUUCGCAAGGCGUGGACCCGAAAGGGCUGGGAGACGACGAGCUGCGCUGCCUCCUCAGAGAGCUAGAUGAAGUGAUUGACGACUUUGAUAAUGGCAGCAGCUGUCAGUAUGAAGAACAUCUGGAAGAGCUCAAGCAGAAGAACAACCUUGGCCCUGGCGUCUACGACAGCGGCAUCGACGAAGCCGAGAGUACCAACCCAUCUCCGGGGAGCAGCUUAAACACCAGUGAGGAAAACAUUCACGUGCCUGCAACUUCUACCAUUCCCAAAGCUAAGCUUGGAGACACAAAGGACCUGGAAGAUUACAUCGCUGACCUCGACAAAGAGCUGGAGGAGAUGUAAGAAGCAGCCCUUGGAAAAGGUCCUCGAGACGGAUUGCUGUAGAUAUGCCUGCCUGCGUACACCCCCCGUGUUUGUUUUCUUCGCGGCCUUCCUCGGAAUACCAGAGGGUGAAAUCUCAGGGCCAGAGCAAGGGACUUUUCCAGAGAAUGAAUGAGCUCACUGACUGGGAAUUGCCGACAUCACCAUCCCCAGCACCCAGUGCUCAGUUAUGUUAUCCAGUAAUGCUGCUGUGUCCAUAGUUUGCUAGCUGCUAUUCUAGCACAAGUUGUAUUCUUUUUUUAUUUUUUAUUGUUGUUUGCUUUUUUCUGGUUCUACCUGUACAUUAAAUUUUUCAUAUA